AUGGCAAUUUUAGUUAAAAAUUUCUUUUGUGUUUUCCCACUCGAGACUGGAGGUUUGAUUAUCGGAUGGACGAAUCUUGUUCUCGAUGUGUUGAUCAUAAUCUUACUGAUAAUUUGCCCUUUUGUAUCGCCAUUGAUAUUUCCAGAAAACUUUGCAAAAGAGAAAGGAUUACUGGCAGUUGUAUCGAUUGGUUGUAUCAUUGUGAUUGCAGUUUAUGGAAGUUUAACUUAUCUUUCUUAUCGAUUCAUUGAAGGAAUCAAAACAAGAAAUUUCCAAAAAGUUCAACCUUUUCGCUUUCUUUGCAUCAUUGGAUUAAUUCUGUACAGCUUGAACAUCCUCGGAAUAUUAAAUCAAGGUGCUGGUAACUCAGAGAAAAGCGUUAUUCUUGAAUUCUUCAUUGUUGCGAUUUUGACAGCCAUCAGAGUUUACGAAUUCAUUAUCGUGGAUUCUCUUUUCAUGAAAUUUAAAAACGAAGCUGUACCACCUGGUGCUAAUCCUUAUAAUCUGAGUGUAAUUACAAUCGCCAGUCGUUUCAAUGUUGCACCUCCAGUCCCGCAAGCACCAACUGACGUCGAACUUUCCAUCCCUAAAAUUUAA